AAAAAAUAAACUGGUUAGAUAAGAGCAAUCUUUUGCUUUUCUCAUUAGAAACUUCGACUACUGCAGAUCUCAAUAUUUAAAAUUUAAUAUGCUCCGGAAACUGCUCAGCCUCUAUAUGGACGCACUUCAAAAAUAUCCAAUGAGCACCACAUCUAUUGGAGCAGGCGUAUUAAUGUUUGGAGGAGAUGCCAUAUCCCAAAUAGGUAUUGAAGAAAAGUCAGAAUACAAUUUCAAGAGAGGUUUUCGGUUUUUAGCCUUUGGAACGAUUUUGGCAGGGCCAAUGUUGAGAACUUGGCACGUUUUUUUAGCAAGAACAAUUGAAGCCCAUUCAAAGAGAUUAACUUUCCUAAAAAUGACAGCAGCGGACCAAACAAUAAUGCCGCCAGUGUUUUUGAGUAUUUUCAUAUCUGUCAUGACUUAUAGUAAAACCUUUUCAAGGGAGGCUGUACAAACUGCAUUAAAGAAUGACUUCAAACCAGUCUUGUUGAAUAGCUAUAAAAUAUGGCCAGCAGUUCAACUUAUCAACUUUUAUUUCGUACCGUUACAUCACAGAGUGCUAUUUACAAACGUUAUUGCACUUCUUUGGAAUACCUAUUUAGCUUGGAAAACGGAAAGAUAA